UUAUUUUUAUCUUAUGUCAAAAAGUAGAGUUUGGUUUCAUAUUUUUGUAAUAUUUUAAGAAUUUUUGAUUUUAUUUUAAUAUUUAAAAUAGUAUACUAUUAAGUAGUUUAAAUAUGCUGCAAUCAAUAGAAAAGAGAGAAAAUGUACUUCGUGAGGCUCUUGAACAAAAUGAAAAAGAAGUUGAGCAAUGGAAAUCAUUUGUUGAAGAAAAUGAAACUGCAAUUAAAAAUAUGGAAAUGUUCAGUAAAAUGUUAACUGUCGAUGUUAUGGUUCCAUUUGGAAAAAAAGCAUUUUUUCCUGGCAAAAUUGUUCAUACUAAUGAAGUUCUAGUUGCUCACUAUCAGGGUUACUUUUCCGAAUGCUCAACGUAUGUUGCAACAGAAAUUUGUAAGCAGCGGAUGGAAAAUGGAAAGAAACGUUUAGAAGAACUCGAAGGCGAAAAAGAUUUAUUUCAAAACAAACUUGAAAAACCAUAUCUGGAUGGAGUCCUGCCAAACAUGAACGAAAAAGAGAUUAUAGAAGAAUACGAUGAAGAGAAUGAAAAAAUUUGGAGAGAACAACAUCGACAACGUGUUAAAGAAGCAAAACUUAAAGAAAGAAAAGAACGAGAAGAAAUUAUGUGUAAACCUGAUGAACGAGAUGUUUUUAAAUCGUUAGAAGAAGAUGAAAGAACAAUAGAUGAGUUGGACGAAGAAUUAAUGGAACUUGAAACUGAAUACGCAAAUGAAACUAAAGAGCUUUUGAAUAAACUAAUUGCUGGUGAAAUAUCAUUACCACCACCUAAAAAAAGAAUUGCUCAUGGGAGUGCGGUUAAACAAGACGACACAAUAAAAUUUGAUAAAUUGAAUUUGAAAAAUGAUUACCAAUCGGAGCUCACGACAAAUUCACCUGAAGUUUGCAAAAACAAAAUUGAUUCAUUGGAUGAUGGAAACGAAUCUGAUACAUCAAAUUCUGAUAUUCCAGAAGAAAUACGUUUGAUUGAAGAGCAAGCUGCCUUUCUGCCUCAAGAAGAUAGAUUUGGAUUCUAUCAAUACCAGCUUCAGAUUGUUGAUCAAAAAUUAUCCCAACGCACAUUUAGCAACAGCAAAGAAUUAGAAGAAAAAUUGCAUUUGUUUAAAGUAAGAGAUCAUUUGGAGGAACUUCUUGAAGAAGCAUCACCUAUAGAUCUUGAUUCCGAACCAAUUAUUGAAACAGAAGAGAUUUUAGAUAAUGACUCCAAAAAUGUGCCCAAAAGACGAAUAUCGUUUGCAAUGGAAAACCAAAUGUUAGAAUUUCGGAAAAAUGAGUCUGUGGCUCAAAUGUUACCAAAUACAACAACUAAAGAAAAUAUUCCGAACAGAGAUAUAAUUCGAUUAGAUGAUCAUAUUCCUUGCGAAGAACAGACUACAGAAACUGAAGAAAAAAAAGUAGAGGCACUUGAAGAAAAAAGAAAAACAAUUCUUGAAAAGGUAGAGGAAAAUUUAAAAACCAAUAACCUGGAAGAUGCGGACUUGGUCAAUAAAAUAAUUGGUUCAAGUGCAAAUCAUAUCCAGACUCUCCAUAUACAUUUCAAACACUCGUCAAAUACUAGAACCAGUUCCGAUACUAUAAAAACGGAAAUUCCAACAAAUCCUGCUGACUUUUUCAGUUUAUUCGACAAAAUCGUAGAUAGUGAUCUCAAUAAAAAUGCAGAUAAUAAUUUCUAUUUAAAAGAAAGUGAUCGUGAAAGAGCGUAUAUUGAUGUUAGAUCAGAGUUUUUAGCACCAAAUAACAAGCAGUUGGAAGAUAUCCAAUCAAAAUCCAUUCUUAAAAAUAAAAGCGCUGUUCAACGCGAAACCCACGUCUUAGAAAAUGAGGAAAAAGAAAACAUUCAAAAGAAAAGGCCGAAAAAACCCAAGCAGGAAGAAGAGUACCUUAGUGCCUAUAAUAAAGCAGUGGGAGAUGUUAUUGAAAACCCAACUAAGCCAGAUCCUUUACCAGAAGUUAAAUUUGUUGACAUGCAUGCUCCUAAAAAAAGAAUUAGUAGAUUCAAGCAAAUGCGUAAUGAAAAAAACUAAUUCAAGUUGUUGAUAAUUUAUAGAUAUAUCCUAAGAUGUAAAAUAAUGUAUAUAAAGAGUAUGUUCUGUAAAAAUAUUUACUACGGUAGAUCCUAAGACGUACCUGCUAGUUUAACUUACACCAAGUGGUUUUCAUUUAUCUUUUUAACAGUUAUGUGAGAUGUAAAUUAAAAACCUUUAUAUGAAACAAGGGAACGCUGAGAAUACGUCAUUAGCUAAAACAAACCAAAUGAUGAGGUACGUUUUUAUAAAUUUAUUGCAUUUUUUUAUAACAUCUCCAAACAAAAGUUUUGAAUAAACAAUUUCACCAGCAUCUUUAAUUGCUUUCAAAGAUCGGGUACAGAGAAUGAUUAUAAUAAAAAAUUAAACAACGGUAUGUAAAAGUAUGUAUGUAUGUCUUAGGAUUAAUCAUAGUUCGGGGUUUUACGGUUACAACUCUAAUUUUUUGGAACAUUUUUCGUACAAAAUAUAAAUAUUUUUCUUUAA